GCUCUAGCCAGUGAAAUGUGUAUGAGGGCGAGGAGUUGCCUGUGGUCCCGGUGUUCACUGCACACACCAUGCUGAAAUGAAAGAAAAUGGCACGCCACCGCUAGGGAUUCCGCGGAUCGAGAAUGAAGGGGAAAAUGAUCUGGAAAAUAUGCAAUACUGCACGGGAGUACAGCAGUCUAUUCAUUUAACACAGUUGUGUAGUUUGACAACAUGUAUCGGGUAAAUCAGAGGUGAGUUAGGGCUGUUGCUUGCCCUCUCACUGGUUUAGAAAACUGCGCACUCUCGCCUCCUUGUCGAUUGGGAGGUGCACCGCUUGCUGGUCUAGACCGAUCAUUUUUUCCACCUCGAAACAAUAACAUACGGAAAUCAUGACAACGGGACAAGACGAGAGCUCCGUUCGUGUGGCUCUACGGAUUCGUCCACAGCUGGCCCGAGAGAAGAUCGAGGGAUGUCACAUCUGCACGUUUGUGACCCCUGUAGAGCCCCAGGUCAUCCUGGGAAAGGACAAGGCCUUUACAUACGACUAUGUGUUUGACAUGGACUCCCAGCAGGACGCCAUCUAUGCCAACUGUACAGAGAAGCUGAUUGAGGGCUGCUUUGAGGGCUACAAUGCAACCAUAUUUGCUUAUGGACAGACGGGCUCAGGGAAGACGUACACCAUGGGAACGGGCUUUGAUGUCAACAUCACGGAUGAGGAGAAGGGCAUCAUCCCGCGGGCGGUCACGCACCUCUUCAAGGGCAUCGAGGAGCGGAAGCAGACCGCUAUCGAGCAGGGACGCCCAGUACCUGAAUUCAAGAUCAACGCCCAGUUCUUGGAGCUCUAUAAUGAGGAGGUGCUGGACCUCUUUGACUCCACACGUGAUAUGGAGGCGCGAAAGCAGAAAUCUCACAUAAGGAUCCAUGAAGAUGCCAAUGGAGGCAUCUACACGGUGGGGGUGACCACACGCACUGUGGCCUCAGAGGCUGAGAUGCUGCAGUGUCUGAAGCUGGGGGCCCUCUGUCGCACCACAGCCAGUACCCAGAUGAAUGUCCAGAGCUCCCGCUCCCAUGCCAUCUUCACCAUUCACCUGUGCCAAGUCCGUGUCUGCACUACGGACAAUCAAGGCGAUGAGACUGACAAUCGUCUGGCAAAUGGCUCAUCUGAGAUGGAUGAGUUUGAGACCCUCACGGCCAAGUUUCACUUUGUGGAUUUGGCCGGUUCGGAGCGUCUGAAGCGGACUGGAGCCACAGGGGACCGAGCCAAAGAGGGCAUCUCCAUCAACUGUGGCCUGUUGGCGUUAGGAAAUGUCAUCAGUGCUUUGGGAGAUAGAAGCAAAAGAACGUCCCAUGUGCCUUACAGGGAUUCCAAACUCACCCGACUCCUGCAGGACUCUCUGGGGGGGAACAGCCAAACAGUGAUGAUCGCCUGCAUCAGCCCGUCCGAUCGUGACUUCAUGGAGACGCUGAGCACGCUCAAGUACGCCAACCGGGCGAGGAACAUCAAGAACAAGGUGAUGGUCAACCAGGACAAGGCCAGCCAGCAGAUCAGCGCUCUGCGGACGGAGAUCGCCAGACUACAGAUAGAGCUCAUGGAGUACAGGACGGGGAAGCGUAUGGUGGGGGAGGAUGGCAUGGAGAGCAUCAACGACAUGUUCCAUGAGAACUCCAUGCUGCAAACGGAGAACACAAAUCUGCGGGUGCGGGUGAAGGCCAUGCAGGAGACUAUUGAUGCACAGAGGGCACGUCUGACCCAGCUCCUGAGUGAACAGGCCAAACAGGUCCUGGCCAACAUCGGUGAAGGGAGUGAGGAAAUCGGUAAUAUGAUUCAGAACUACAUUAAAGAAAUUGAAGACCUCAGGGCAAAGCUGCUGGAGAGUGAAGCAGUAAAUGAGAGCUUGAGGAAGAACCUCUCUCGUGCCUCUAGCCACUCCUUCUACGGAGGAGCCGGAACCUUUUCCUCUGCGCUGCUAGGACCAGGUCCAGACAAGGAGACCUCCGACAUCAUCGAGCUGGCCAAGAAAGAUCUGGAGAAGCUGAGGAAGAAAGAGAAAAAGAAAAAGAAGAGGCUUCAGCAGCUGCUGGAGGAAAGGAGGGAGGAGGAGAUGGAGGAUGACAGCAAUGUGAAAGAAGAAACUCCAGACAAUGAGCAAGAAAAGGGAGUGGAGAAAGAGCAGUCCGAGCCAGCCAAUGAGGAUGCUGAAAUGGAGCAACAGGACGGUAGUGACCAUGAGGAGGGUGAGGAUGAGGAUGAAGACGAUGAAGAUGAAGAUAUGGAUGCUGAAGAGAGCUCAGAUGACUCAGACUCUGAGUUGGAUGAGAAAGAGAACUUCCAGGCGGACUUGGCUAACAUCACCUGUGAGAUCGCCAUCAAGCAGAAGCUGAUCGACGAACUGGAGAACAGCCAGCGGCGGCUGCACACGCUCAAGCAGCAGUACGAGCAGAAGCUGAUGAUGCUGCAGAGCAAGAUCCGUGACACCGAGCUGGAGAGGGACCGCGUCCUGCAUAACAUGGGCUCUGUGGAGACUAACACAGAGGGGAAAGCUCGCAAGAUCAAGAGCGAGUAUGAGAAGAAGCUGAGCGUCAUGCACAAGGAGCUGCAGAAGCUGCAGUCCGCUCAGAAGGAACACGCCAGGCUGCUGAGGAACCAGUCGCAGUACGAGAAGCAGCUCAAGAAGCUCCAGUCGGAGGUGGUGGAGAUGAAGAAGACCAAGGUGCGACUGAUGAGACAGAUGAAGGAGCAGCAGGAGAAGAACCGCAUGACGGAGUCCCGCAGGAACCGGGAGAUCGCCACUCUGAAGAAGGACCAGAGGAAGCAGGAGCACCAGCUGAGACUUUUGGAAGCCCAGAAGAGACAGCAAGAGCUGAUUCUGCGCAGAAAGACUGAAGAGGUAACUGUUCUGAGACGGCAGAUGAGGCCUGUUUCAGGAAAGAUCACCCGUAAGGUCAACCCCCAGGACUCUCUGAGGAGGCCUGUUUACAGCAAAGAUCACCCACACAGGCUCUGGCCUGAAUGGAACCGGGUGCUGUACCGCCGCAGGACAGCAGGGCUGUACUACUCUCGAGUGGCUCGUGGGAAGUGGCAGACCCUGGAGCGUCGCAUCUCUGAUGUCAUCAUGCAGCGCAUGACCAUCUCCAACAUGGAGGCCGACAUGAACCGUCUGCUGAAGCAACGGGAGGAGCUGACUAAGCGUCGGGAGAAGCUGGGCAGGAAGAGGGACAGGCUGUCCUCUGAGGGGACGGAGUCCGAGAAGGCCGUCCAGUCUCUGAGCGAGGAGCUGGAGUCUGUGGUGGCCAACAUCGACUACAUCAACGACAGCAUCGCCGACUGCCAGGCCAACAUCAUGCAGAUGGAGGAGGCCAAGGAGGAAGGAGACACUGUGGAUAUCUCAGCAGUGAUUAGUUCUUGCACCUUGUCAGAAUCACGCUUCCUUUUGGAUCAUUUUAUGACCAUGGCUAUUAAUAAGGGCCUGCAGGCAGCUCAGAAGGAGUCUCAGAUCAAGGUGAUGGAGGGUCGAAUGAAGCAGAUCGAGAUCAACAGUGCCACUCAGAACCAGCUGCUCUUCCAUAUGCUGAAGGAGAAGGCGGAGUUCAAUCCUGAGCUGGAUGCUCUGCUGGGAAAUGCGCUGCAAGAGCUAGGUAACAUGCCACUGGAGAAUGGAGAUGACAGCAGCAGUGACGAAUCAGCACAGAGUCCAGCUGCAGAUGGAAACACACUGACCUCUGACCUCCUGAAACUCUGUGGAGAGAGCAAAUCCAGGAGCAAGGCUCGCAGGAGAACCACCACACAGAUGGAGCUCCUGUAUGCCAACACCGGUGACACCACCCCCGACACACCAACUGGGGACUUCUCUCACCCCCUGGGUGAGGCCCUGGACGGUGGUGGAGACGCGGAUUCUGCCGGCUCGUCUGUCAGGGACAGGGACUUACUGGCUCCUGCCUCAGGCUUCUCCUCUAAGCUGGGUAGCAUAUCUGGCUCGAGACCACCAUCAGGGCCAGAGAAACGAAUUCCAGAACCUUCCCCGCUCACCCGCCGGAAGACUUUUGACAAGGGACAAGCCCUGACUGACAGGGUAAAAAGCAAGGAGAUCAAACCAGGUAUAAUCAGCCCGGUGCCCGUGCCCAGGAGUAGCCGCUCGGACACACUGCAGUGUGUGCACGUGGCCGAGGGACACAGCAAGGCCGUCCUGUGUGUGGACUCCACUGAUGACCUUCUAUUCACCGGCUCCAAAGAUCGGACGUGUAAGGUGUGGAACCUGGUGACUGGACAGGAGAUCAUGUCUCUGAGUGGCCACCCCAACAACGUGGUGUCGGUGCGCUACAGCUCCAGCAUGGUCUUCACUGUGUCCACCUCCUACAUCAAAGUGUGGGACAUCCGGGACUCUGCGAAGUGCAUACGCACUCUGACGUCCUCUGGUCAGGCUAGCACAAGUGAUGUGUGUGCUGCCAACACAAACCGAGCUGUGUCCAUUCCUGCUGGAGAGAACCAGAUCAACCAGAUCGCCCUCAACCCCACGGGCUCUGUGCUGUACGCUGCUGCUGGGAACUCUGUGCGCAUGUGGGAUCUGAGGAGGUUUGUGUCUACAGGAAAGCUUACUGGUCACUUAGGUCCAGUCAUGUGUCUAACAAUCGACCAGACUAGUAAUGCUCAGGACCUGGUGUUCACAGGAUCUAAGGAUCAUUACAUCAAGAUGUUUGAUGUGACCGAGGGCUCCCAGGGAAGUUUAAGCCCCACACACAACUUUGAGCCACCUCACUAUGAUGGCAUUGAGUCCUUAGUAGUGCAAGGGGACUGUCUCUUUAGUGGCUCCAGGGACAACGGCAUUAAGAAGUGGGAUCUGUCCCGGAAGGAUCUCCAGCAGCAAGUGCCCAAUGCGCACCGUGACUGGGUGUGCGCUCUUGGCGUGGUGCCCGGCUCUCCGGCGCUGCUGAGUGGCUGUCGGGGAGGCGUGUUGAAGCUGUGGCACUCGGACAGCCUGGCUCCGCUGGGGGAGCUGAAGGGCCACGAGAGCCCCAUCAACGGCAUCUCCACCAACAGCAGCCUUCUCUUCACGGCCUCCGAUGAUCGGACUGUAAAAAUCUGGCGUGCACGAGGGUCUCUGGAUGCCCCGUCAGAUGGCAUAGACAACACAGAUGAGGCUGGGGCCAGCUAGGUCCAAUGCAGCCUCCUCUCCGCCACUGUGGAGGGACAGAGGCCAGCGGCAAUUUGCACUUUUUACCCCUGCAGCAACAGCAGCUUCUGGACAUAUUUCCCCUGCGUCUAUCAGACCUCCUCUUAGUUGUGUCCAUGGAGCUGACCCCAUAGUGUCCUCUGAUCUCCUUACACCUUAAGGAGUCUGCAGUGCACAUUUCAUUAGGAUGUGGUUUCCCGUGUGUGCGCCCUCGGGUCUGUGUAGUCUUCACGGGGCUACUUGGUUCUGUAGCUCAUUUCUGUAGCACUUCCAUGGCCGUGUUUGUGUUUUAGCCGAUGCUCAUCAUGUCAAGCCCUCUUGGGACUCCACUGGAACUAAUGGGGAUGGCUGUUUGAAGAUGGGAGCUGGAGGCCCGCAGCUGUUCUGAGCUGUCCCACCCUCUGGACACACAGGGGAGGCACGAAUAUCUCAGUAUGGAGGCCAUUUGCAAGCAAUUCAAAAAUAGCUUUGUGGGAAUGGGCUGGAUUCACCAUCCCCUUCAAAAUGUGCCUCUGUGAUCUUGCGUUGUUGGUACCUACAGAUGCUUGCCAAAGCUCUUGUCAGCCAUGCCAUGAUGAAGAUAAUGCUGUAGAGUAGCACACUACCACAAUCACCUGGAAGUCUUUUUUCUGUGUAGUGUCACUUAGCUUCUAGUUCUCCUCUCUGCACGUCUUUCUAAUAAGUCAUCUCACUCUCACUCUGUGACUCUCACUGUCAUUUGAAGUUGUCAUUACGUAUUGGCAGACGUUCUCUCUCUCUCAUGUGAAUUGAUGUUUCUGCUGCUAAAGUUUAACUCUAACCUGUGACCUUAGAGGGCUCCCUUUAGAAGGCAAGUUGGGCAGCCUAACAUCAAGGCAUCCUGUACUGUACAUGUUUGACUAUAAGGAGAGAGGAGCAUUCCUGUGCCUGUAAGCCUAAUAAUGUAGACCAGCCGUCGCAUAAACCUGGUUCAUGUAAACUGUUGUGUGCACUAGCUAACAUUGUCACUGGCUUUGUUUAUUUUCAGAUGAGUACUGGAACUUUGAUCCUGUGAACCUAAACUGCUCAAAUAUGUCUUAUUGAUUGCUCAUGAAUUUUUCUGCCUGUACUAACCAUAGGUCUUAAACUAUUUUCAGUCUAUUGGAAUUCAUCUAGAAUUUAGACAUUGGGCAACCAGGUCUGGGAGAUUACUGUCAUUGACUGCACAGUAGGAGCACUAUAAUCUCUAUUCACAAUUGGUUUGCUCUCUAUCCUGCAUAGAGCAAUCCUAGUUAGUGUUCAGAUUGUAUUUCAUGUAUGUAUUUAUGUGUUCCUGAAUCCUGAUUUUUCUGUUUUAGUUGGCAGACAACACAGCUGAAAUCUAACAAUGUUGGUACUUGAAUUAAAUUACAUCUGUCAAA